CUUUGGGGUUUUUUUUAGGCAGCAAGACUGACUACUGGAACUUUUCGCAAUAAACCAGUGAUGUUAUAAUGACCAAAUAUUUUUUUUCCAAAAUUUCUCUCCAUCGAAUAAAGGAAUUUAUAAAACAUGUGAAAUGGCCCAGAAGCUCACUGACUGACUACAAAUUCAUGCCAACACUGAAAGAUGUGCUGCGGAAUAAAGUGUAUUUAUCAGCCUUCCACUCCUAUCUGCAAUCUGAGUUUAGUGAUGAAAACAUCGAGUUCUGGCUCGCAUGUCAAAAUUUCAGGGCAACUGCCUCACAAGAUAACCUCCAGUGGAAAGCCAAGGAUAUCUACAAGGAGUUCAUUCAGCCCACAGCUUGUAAAGAGAUCAAUGUAGACCAUCACAUUCGAGAGGAGAUCACAAAAUCCUUGGAUAAACCAAGUCUAACAUGCUUUGACGAAGCACAGAAACAUGUUUACCUGCUAAUGGAAAGAGACUCUUGUCCAAGAUUCCUGCAGUCUGAAGCUUUUCUAAAACUCAAGCAGAAAUCCAAGACAUUGUAAUAGAUUUAGACACUGACGAAGAAAAGUUAAGAGGAGGUUUUUGGUACGAGACGGGGGAACCAGUUGCGUAUCAUGAACACGAGAUUUUAUUGAGGCUGGCAGGCAAUGAAUGCAAACAGGAAGAGGAGGAAUGGAGUGGUUGGGUCGAGCAGAAGAAAGCUGAACAGGUCGAUUGGUCAAGGACAGUUGACAAGCAGGAGAGCUCUGUAUAGCUGAUGAUGUGACACUGACUGUUAGGUGGCUGUGCCUUAAAUGCACAGCUGUUAACAGA